AUGAUGGCGUAUAUGAACCCGGGGCCCCACUAUUCUGUCAAUGCAUUGGCCCUGAGCGGCCCCAGUGUGGACCUGAUGCACCAAGCUGUGCCAUAUCCCACUGCCCCCAGGAAGCAGCGGAGGGAGAGAACAACCUUCACCAGGAGCCAGUUGGAGGAGCUGGAGGCCCUGUUUGCCAAGACCCAGUACCCAGAUGUGUAUGCCCGGGAAGAAGUGGCAUUGAAGAUCAACCUGCCAGAGUCCAGGGUCCAGGUCUGGUUCAAGAACCGCAGGGCUAAGUGCCGCCAGCAGCGCCAGCAGCAGAAGCAGCAGCAGCAACCCCCGGGGGCUCCCGCCAAGGCCCGCCCAGCCAAGAGGAAGGCCGGCUCCCCCAGACCCUCCACCACUGAGGUCUGCCCAGACCCCCUGGGCAUCACCAAUUCCUACAGCCCCCCUCUCCCAGGGCCCUCGGGCUCCCCCACCUCGGCCGUGGCCACAGUGUCCAUCUGGAGCCCAGCCUCAGAGUCCCCUUUGCCCGAGGCCCAGCGUGCUGGGCUGGUGGCUCCCGGGCCUCCUCUGACCUCCGCGCCCUAUGCCAUGACCUAUGCCCCGGCCUCUGCUUUCUGCUCUUCCCCCUCGGCCUAUGCCUCCCCCAGCUCGUACUUCAGCGGGCUGGACCCCUAUCUUUCCCCCAUGGUGCCCCAGCUGGGGGGCCCGGCUCUCAGCCCCCUGUCUGGGCCCCCAACCGUAGGGCCCUCUCUGGCCCAGUCACCCACCCCGCUGUCGGGUCAGAGUUACAACACCUACAGUCCUGUGGACAGCCUGGAAUUCAAGGACCCCACGGGCACCUGGAAAUUCACCUACAGCCCCAUGGACCCUCUGGACUAUAAGGAUCAGAGUGCCUGGAAGUUUCAGAUCUUGUAG